AUGGAUGACAUCCGGUCCGGGAAGGUCUGGGGAGGCUGGCAACUUGUCAACCUGAAGCCCAAGCUUUGGAAUACCAUCAGCACCAAUUACCAUCUCGGUUUCACAUCCUUCGGAGGCCCCCCAGUGCAUUUCAAGAUCUAUCAGGAGCUCUUCAGUAUCUGCCAAGCUUUCUCUGGCCCUGGCAGCACCAAGAUGCACUUCUGCAUUAACCAAAUUCAUGAUGGUUUUCUCCCUGCUUUACUAAGCUUCUUCAUCACGAGCUUGCCCGGGGCCCUGGGAAUGUAUGGCCUCCCUAUCGGCGUCUCCAAUAUUGGGGACACUCUCCCUGGACCCGCUUACGCACUCCUCUCCGAGCUCAACGCCUCAUCUGUGGGUAUUAUCGCAGUUGCUGCCGUUCAAUUGUCAGAGAAGGCCAUCACCGACAAGAUAACUCGAAUACUCGUCUUGCUUGGAGUCGACUUGGUGAAAACCCCCACAAAACGGCUCAGAGUACAAGAGCCGGAGUCUGUCGAGCUUUCGCAACCACAAUCCGCCGAGCGGGACGAUAAUGCCACCACCACUGCUGCCUCUUUCGGCACUGCUAGGGAACUAAAUGAUGCGGUGGUCUGCGUGAGCCGAGAAAAUAAUGCGCAGACUCUUCCAGUCGCUGAGAACUCACGUCCAGAGGUCGAAUCAGAAGCGCGCGUUGUCCCAUCAGAACGAUCCCUCAAAUUUACCUGGCCCUUUGGCCUUAGCAUUAUAGUCUUCUUUCUCAUCACGUUUAUUGUGAUAUCUUCCACCAGGAAGCUCGCAAGUCACCAAGAGAUUGUGAUCGAAAUGGUAACGUCCUUACGUAAUUCUUUGGCCGAAUGCUCAACUGCUUCUUGA